CAGUUAGGCAUAUUACUAAGCUAUUGUUAAGAAAGGAAUUUACAGUAGGUUAUGGCAGUGAAUGAGCGCAGCCCUGGCGCCCAUCUUUAAACUUAGUGGCAAAGGCGGCAAAAUAUUGCGUUUGAAGGAGGGGAUGCUGAACGUUUCGGGGCAGUUAUUGGGAGUUGCGGUUUGCUGAGGAAGGCGUCAUUGUAGAGCAGAGCCGCCCUGCAACACCAUGGCCAGCAGCCUGUCGUUCCCCACGCUCUCCGAUGAGGACCUGAUCCGGCUCUGCACGGAUGUGGUCGGCCACGAUAUCCCGGUCACGCCGGCUGCGCUCAAGAAGCCGACCAUGGAAUCGACCAUGAGCAUUUUCAAGUUCUUCGUCAACGAAGUUUUUGGCUGGGAUGUAGAUCGGGCUCUGGUGGUGCCGUUUGACCAGAUGUCGCGAAUACAGUACCCGGACAUGCACCAAGAGCAGACGCCGCUGCUGCGCUUCUACGGCGUCGUGCACACCCUGCUGGCGCGCGUGCAUUACGACAGCUUCGGCAUCGACGACAUCACUCAGCCGCGGCCGAAGCGGCUGCGGCGUCAGCUGUCGGCUCUGGUCAACUUCGCGCUGCACCACCAGAAUAUUAUGGACACGUAUGGCGAGCAGGUCCGUGACGCGCACCGCUCCGUCCGACACCAGUAUGAGAGGCUGCAAAAGGAAAACAGGGACCUGAAGAGUAACAUACACAAGGAAAUUGAGCGAGAGGAGGAGAUGAAAAUGCUCGUAGAAAAGGAGCAGCAGCUGGUGGAGGAGCGCGAGCAGGAGAUGUGCGCGCUCCAGCAGCGCAAGGAGGAGCUGGCGCGGGAGGCGCGCCAGGCCAUGGCCGAUGCCGGCCGCGUCCAGGACCAGAUCCAGGCGGUCGCUGUUCAGCAGGCCAAGCUGAUGGAGGAGAAGCAGAGCCUGGAGGCGCAGGUGGUAACCUCGCCGGAGAAGGUGCGACAGACGCUGGUCCGCGCCAGGGAGGAGCUCCAAGCGCUGGAGGAGCAGCGGGAGGCCUUGUCCACCCGGCAACAGGAGCUCCAGCGGAUGCGCCAACACGUGGACCAGCUGUCCGAGGGGACGACAAAGUUCGGACAGAAGAACGCCAUUUUGCGCGACCUGGCCGACCGCCAGUGUGACGCCACGUCGAAGAUAAAGAAGGUCAACAGCGACAUUGAAGGUAUUCGUGUGGAGACCAGCGAACUGCAGUCCACCAACCGCCAGCUCAACAGCAAAUAUCAGAUGAUUGAAGAGAGCCGGGAGUCUCAAAUGCUCAAGAGCGGCCGCUACCUGGGGGCCAAACGGGAGGAGCUCGAAAACCGAACGCAGGUGCUGGAGAAGGGGAGGGCGCAGGCGGCGCGUGACCGGCAGACGCGCGCCGAGCGGACCUGCCAGCUGGAGCAGCUGGAGCGGCGCGCCGAGCACGACCAGCAGCAGCACCACCAGCAGCUGGUCACGCUGCAGCAGCAGGAGGAGACCAUCUGCGCCACGGUCGAGGCGCUGAAGGAGGACGCGGCCAGAAGGCAGCGCGCCCUCCUGCAAUGGACCAGGCGCGCAUAGAACCUGAGCGGCCAUGUGUUUUGUGCUGUGUGCUUGCACGUGCUGCAGAGACUCUUCGCCUAUCUGUCACCUCCCUCUCACCAUGUCAGCUGAGCGGAAUCACGACCGUCGUGUGGUAAACCAUGCCCAUACAUUCUCUCUGAUGUCUGC